CGCUGACGUAGUGGCGUGAGGGCAGAGUGGGAAUAGUAUGCCAUCCGGGAUAUUAUUGAUUGACUGCCCUUCCGCCAGCUUCCAGGCUCGGCCCAUGACUGCCAUCCUACUUUUCUUCUGCCCAUGCUGUGAUUUCUUUUCGUCCAUGUCCCCUACACAAACAUAACAACCUGGUCUGUCAUCAACCAUGUCGACAACAGCCACCUCCGCGGUCUCCCAGAGCUUGAGAGCUCGCACCCUCAAGUCUGCGCACCCCGAAGAUCACGAUCAUUUGGUGCCUUCCCACCCAGUCCUGGAGAGGAACGGCACCGAUUCGAGCGGCACCUCGACUCCCGUCCCCGACGAUGCACCACCAUCUGUCAAAUCAUUGUCAUCUGCUCGCAAGCAAGUUCGUGCAAGGCACCGCCUUUUCCAUACAAUUGACUAUGUCCCUCGCGUCUCCCACUUCGACCCUCAGAGCGACUAUCAUAACUUCCGCGGCUUCUUCACACUCUUCUGGGUUGGUUUAUUUAUUAUGGUUGUUACCACAGUGCUGCGCAACAUCAAAGAUACUGGGUAUCCCCUUCGAGUGAAGGUCUGGAGUCUACUCUCUGCCAAUGUAUGGCAGCUGGCCAUCAGUGACUUGGCAAUGGUCACUAGCUCAGCCCUUGCACUUCCGAUUCAACGCAUGACCCGGAGCGGCUUCAAAUUUCUCCAUUGGUCUCGCGGAGGGUCUUGGAUUCACAUAAUCUAUCAGUUUGGAUGGCUCACAUUAUGGAUCAAAUGGCCAUUCAUGCUGCACUGGACUUGGACGGCUCAGGUUUUCUUCACUCUGCAUACACUGACGAUACUCAUGAAAAUGCAUUCCUAUGCCUUUUAUAACGGCCACCUGAGCGAAACUGAGCGACGUCUUUCCGAGCUCGACAAACCCGGCCCGGCAUCAAUGGCAGCUGCGGUGCACUACCCCAGUUCUCCAACCCGCACAUUGACGAUGAAUGCCGGCUUUGCGUUGAAAAAAGACGAACCAUUAUCCAAGCUUCGCGAUGAUCUAGCUACCGAACUCACUUCUCCAUUGGGCCAUGUGACGUACCCUCAAAACCUGAGCACUGCCAACUUUAUCGACUUCUUGUUCUGUCCUACGCUCUGCUAUGAACUUGAAUACCCCCGAACCCCCAACACGCGCUGGACAGAGGUCUUCUUGAAGACCCUGGCCAUUUUCGGCUGCAUUUUCCUAUUGACAUUAACAAGCGAAGAAUUCAUCGUCCCCGUUCUCAAUGAAGCCAACAUCAACCUUUCCGACGUCACCAGCGUCUCCGAAAAGGCCUUGAUCCUGGCUGAAACCACAAGCAUGCUCUUAUUCCCAUUCAUGAUAACCUUCCUCCUCGUCUUCCUCGUAAUAUUCGAAUACGUGCUCGGCGCAUUCGCCGAAAUCACUUGCUUUGCCGACCGCCGCUUCUACUCGGAUUGGUGGAACUCGUGCGACUGGCUGGAGUUUUCGCGAGAGUGGAAUAUCCCCGUCCACCAUUUCCUCCGUCGCCACGUGUAUUUCUCAUCAAAGUCCUAUUUUUCCCCAACAGUGGCCAUGUUGAUCACCUUUUUGGUCAGUGCGCUGGCGCAUGAAUUAGUUAUGAGCUGUAUCACGAAGAAGCUGAGAGGGUAUGGGUUUCUGGCCAUGAUGCUGCAAUUACCUAUCAUCGCGGUUCAGCGAUCACAGUUUAUUCGCCGGGCAAAGAUCUGGAAUAACAUUGUCUUUUGGUUUUCCAUGAUCCUAGGUCUGUCCAUGAUGUGCGCUCUCUAUGUCUUAGUAUAAACCUUAUUUCCCUCGUUAUGUAGAUCACGAUUCCACUUUUUCAACCUGCAGACACCGAUCACUUUUCUGUCUAUAUGCACAUGUAUAUUUUAUAUCAUAAAACAACUUAUACCCCUUCGCGUCGUUCUUUUUCUUGGAUUUUUUUUUUGGGUUUUUUGGUGUUGCAAAAAUCGUUCUUUUCCGGAUACUUGGUAUCAGAUGCUUGUUUGUUGCUUGAGUUUGUGUAUAGUAAAUAUACCAUGGUCUAUGGUUGUCUGUUUGUUAUGGUGACUAAAUGUCAAGCUGUAGAGCGGAAAUAAUAUCAUUCUUUUGAAUCUUUUAUGAUCGAUGGUUGGUU